GACACAUUAACUUCCGGGGCGCGGGGUUAAAAGCUGGAAUGUUUUGUUUUUGACAGGUUUUUGAGGUGUUUUCCAACUUUAGCCUAGCCUUUUGAAACAAGUCUUUGUGCGUGUGACUUUACAAUCGCUAGUGGUACUGACGACAAUGGACGCUUUGCACAGACACCGUUCGCUUUAUAAAGGAACGACUCCGCCAUGGAAAGAAACAUACCGCAAGCGCUGUGUAGACAGACUAAAAAACAGCCGGUCGCGGCUGUUAGAGAGGUACCGUCAGAUGGGAGAGAACCAGCAGCGCAGCGGCACCGGGGCCUCCAUCAUCGUCCAGGAGGUGAUGGAGGAGGAGUGGACCGCUCUGCAGUCUGAGAACCAGAGACUGCCCUCCUUGUGGGGGCCAGAUGGCAUGGCUGAGGUCGGUCGGCCUCUCUCAGUCUCUCCCCCACAAAAUCACGGCCCUUUCCCCCCUCACUCGAUGUUCAGUGUCAUGAAGGAGUAUGAUGAACUGGCAGUUCUUGAAGAAAUCCAACAGGAGCUCAUGUCUCAAGAAAUGUCUAUUAUUGAAGAGUAUGAGAGGAACCUGCAGUUUGAACAGCAGUACAUAUCAUCUGUUGUGGAAGGGAUGGAAGAGAUGCAUAUUAUUUGUCCCAUAUGUCACACGAACAACUUGAACAUCAACAGUCAUUUCAUCUCCUGCCCCUGUGGACUGUACAUCAACACCAGGAAACAGAACAUUACCCCUGAUAUCCUGUGCCAUCUUCUGGAGUCCAGGGUGUCUGAGCACAUGGAGGACUGUCUCCACAACCCAGUAUUCUCUGUAGCACCAAACACUGACAGCUCUCCAAACCUGAUGAUAAGUUGCAAGGUUUGUGACUACUUGUCCAUCGUCCUUUGAGCAAACACAGCUAUCAUGAGUGACUUUACUCAUGAGAUUUGGUUUUGAGUCUUUUGUGCUCUCUGUAUGUUUUGUGAAAUAAAGUAUAUUUUUAAAUA